AUGCUUCUGAAAGCCGCGCUUCGUCCCGGAGCAGCUUCUUGUGUUCUUCACUGGAUGGAUUGGAAGCGUCAGUGUCAACCGAUGGGUAGAGUUAGGCUCUCAACCUUACCAGAAGAGUUAAGCACAAAUAAAGGCCGAGGGAUGCAUCCUCUGAGCAUGGUCGAGGAUGAACAUUUCCAUGCGUUCGUCAAAGCCGUCGACCCCAGGAUCGCCUUACCUUGCCGCAAAACGCUAACACGUUCACUUCUUCCAGAAAUGUAUGCUGAAGCAAAGGCUAAGCUGGUGACUGAACUUUCUCUUGCGAACCACAUAUCAUUCAUCGCAGACUGUUGGACGUGGUUGACAAAUGCCAGUUAUAUGACUGUAACUGAACAUUUUAUCAACGAUCAGCUCAAAAUGGUUUCGCGUGUCCUUUCAACGUUGGUUCUCGAAGUUAGCAACACUUCGGAAAACAUUGCUGCAAAUCUUAAAUCCGUCAUUGCAGAUUGGGAUGUUCCAGAAGACAAAAUUUCAGGGAUUGUCACGGACAAUACAUCAAAUUUCAAGAGAGCUAUAGCUAACAUCUUGAAAUGGAAGCAUAUUCCUUGCUUUGCUCACACCUUGAGCCUUGCAGUCAAGGAUGCUAUUCAUGACAACCCUGAAUUUUACGCUAUCCUGAACAAAUGCCGAAAUAUUGUCACCAUCUUUCAUCACAGCGGACCGGCCACUCUGAAGCUUAACCAACUUUCUAGUGGCAGGAAGUCGCGGCUUCAGCAAGAGUUGCCAGAGUGGGAGACCUUGGCUGGUGCAAAAGCUCUCUAUAAACCAUUCGAUAUCCUUACUCAAGACUUAAGCUCCCAGUAUUAUCCAUCCAUCUCUAAGGUUCUUCCGUCCACCAGACUACUUCAGGAGCACCUGACGGAGAUCCGCAAUCAAGAUUUCAAUGAUUUUCUUAUAAUGAUGUUUAGUGCACUGAAUUUGAACAUGAAAGCUCGUUUUCUGGAUUUCUAUCAGAAUUCUUCGCAUAUAGGGUCGAGCUACCUGGAUGCUCGUUUGAAGACCGAAUAUCCUUCUCCGAAUCAUUCGUCCGUCGAUGCAGACUUUGCAGAAAAAGGGUUGUUGUGGAAAUGA